AUCAUCACCAUCAUUUUCAAUGUCUUCAAAACAUCCAAUGUCUUAAGAUAACUUGGAACAAACAAAAACUCUUCAACUUCCUUUUUUUUUUAACCUCAAAUUUCAUAUUUUCUUACACUUUAUUCUUCUCUUUCCUUCUAUUCUACACUUCCACAUUAUCCCUCUCUUCUCUUCUUUGUUCUCAUUAGAGAACUCCAUUGAAACUUAGAUGCUACAUUGAUUAGAUCCAAGCUUUUGAACCAACCCAUUACUGUUUUUAGCCUAAAAAAGGGUCAUGGGUGGUGGUAGUAUUAGAGAAUCAUGGUGUUUUUGUAAAGGGGUGAGUAAGUCUGAGAGAAUGAAAGGUGCUAUUUUUUCAGGAAAAAACCAAGCUUUGGCUACAAUUAGUAACACCAAUGUUGUUAAUGGUGUUUCUGGAACUGGGUUUCUUAUUCAUAGGAACCUUCUUUUGACAACUCAUGCUAAUCUUCCUUCUGCUGUUGCUGCGAGUAGCUCUGAGAUCCGCUUGCAUAAUGGUGUUGCGGCCACUCUUGUUCCUCAGAGGUUUUUCAUUACAAGUUCUGUAUUAGAUCUUACAAUAGUGGGAUUAGAUGAUGCCGACGGGGAAUCGAACGCGCAGGGUCAAAACUCUCACUACUUGAAGACCUGUUGUAAAACAAAUCUUGAUCUAGGAAGUGUAGUGUACCUUUUAGGUUAUACAAAGAAACAAGAGCUCACUGUUGGUGAAGGGAAGGUCGUCAUAGCGACCGACAAUCUCAUAAAACUUUGUACCGAUGGAAUUAUAUGGAGUCCAGGUUCUGCAGGAUUUGAUGUAAAUGGAAAUCUAGCUUUUAUGAUAUGUGAUCCUAUGAAAUUAUCGACGUCACCGAAUACAAAAUCGCCUUCGACUUCUUCAUCGUCUACCUCGUCGUGGAAGAAGGAUCUCCCAAUGCAAUUUGGCAUACCGAUUCCUGUCAUAUGUGAUUGGUUAAAUCAGCACUGGGAAGGUAACCUUGAUGAGCUUAACAAGCCGAAAUUACCGCUCAUGCGGUUGAUGUCGAACGGUCCUAGGAGUGAACAUUCAUGCGCUUCCUUCACUUUGCGGCAAGUUUUCAAAUCGACAGAUGGUGAUAAUGAGGGCACCUCAUCUUCAUCAAACAACAAUGUCGUAAAAACAAGAGAUCAGGGACAAAGCUCGGGUGCUGUCGCCAACACUGCUGAAGAAGAAAACUUGAUUACUAACUCUAAUGCUGCACAUAUACAAGGGAUUCCAACUCCAGAAAUAUACGAAUCACCUAGAGUAACUUCUGUGCCGCUCAGAAAGAAAGAAAAUACACAAAUACAACUUUUGGACAUCAAUUUUCCCCCAAGGAUUGCCAAACCUCCAGUUUCCUCGCAACCGUCAAAGGAACCGCAUCCGAAACCCGCUGAACCUCUGCACGAAAACCAGCCAAAAGGAGAACAAAACCAAGACAGAAUGCCAGUAAGAACUCCCGUUACUGAAGUUUCCUCAACAGGUUCUGUUAACGGAGCUCUAUGUGAGGUUCAAUCUAGUUCCUCACCCGUGGAUGCUUCCCGAAUGCACGACGGAUAUACCAGCGAAGGAGAGACUAUGUACUCAGCAGAAACCGCAGAGAGCCGUAACUAUACAAGUCCUCGAGAGUUGAACUUCCAACAAGUGGGAAGGAGUCAGAGUUGCGUAAGUCACAAUAGAUGGGGUGCUGCAAAGAGAAGUCAAGUUGCUCGCGGGAUGCUAGUUGAAAAUCAAAGAAGCUUCAUGAAUGUAAAGAAGAUGCAUUCACAAGGAGCAACUUCUCAGAGAAGCAACGAGUAUUUCAGCCCAACGGUAUCGUCGAUCAUGAAACGUAACGGCUCGGAGCAACCAACAAGAUCCAGGUACCAAUCAAAGUCAUCUCACCAUAGAAAUUUAUAGCAAGGUAUUGAUUACUAGAAUGGAAAGCAUAGAAUCCAAAAAUCUUGGUAUUCAUUCAUAUCUUCUUGUACUUCACAGAUAGUCCAGUGUAUGUAAUGGUGUAUUGAGUUUGGUUACUGAGUACACAUAUUAGAUAACUCAUUAAUCAUCUACUGUUUUUAUUAAUUAUGAUAUUAAGCAUCAUUAACUGAUAUAGGGUGAAUCAUUAACCCUUCACUAAACUCAGUCUUGGUGUACCCUAUAACUGAUCUCAAAUAUGUCAUGAACCACUGAUUUUGAAUAUACUAAAUCAAUUGUCAUGUGUUUUGAACUUUCAAGAUGUACAAAUAUCAUUUUUGUACAUUGUUGUUUAGUAUACCCGCAUCUAGUGAUCCCACACCUUAAAGAAACUCCAAAAUACUCUUCGUAUCAUCUGCAUUUCAAAAUUCGGAUGAGCCUAUUAUAUAUCAAAUCACUUCAUCGGAAUGGCACCCCCAUUUUUCC